AAAAAUCGGUUUUAUCAGUACUCGCGAUGGUUCCUAUCCAUUCCUUGGGGCUGCUUUCAAGACCUGCUAUGUAGGUAGUCAACGCUCAACUUAACGUGGUCUGCAACGCCACGCAAUUGUGUUGGUACCCCGUGCCUGAUCCUCCAGGCGCACUAGAGCAGCCUCCUCGACCGUGGCACGCAAGGGAGCGCUGUUAGCCAUUAGAUCGACGCAUACCAAGGCCUCGGUUUCUGAGGGGCGGCGCGGUGCGUCGCCGAGCACGUACGUGGCCUUGUCAUGCUCGGCCAAGUCGCUCAAAUCAGCCCACAUAGCGUGGAGUGGAGCAUUGAUUGGUCUUACCGCAGCAGCACUUGUGUGCGGCCCCCUCCGCGCUCACACGAUGCUCAGACUUGAGCGAAAGUACAGGCCGCGUACAAAACUGAUAUUUGCGGGUAUGGGUAUGCGUCCACGUCCCUGCACACCUGCUGCUUCGUCGAUGCGCACCCACCAGGAACGGGCUGAAUUGAACUCAGACUUGGGACCUCGGUAUGUCAAUCAUAGUGAGUACUGCAUGCAACUCCAAGCAGCGGGCGCGCCAGCGCAAAUGACUCAAUCACGCGGCUGACGGCCUGCGCCGCCUUCUGUUGGAAGCAUCUGAGUGCCAAAUCGUCAAUGCUGGCUGCGCAACAUGGGCGAUGAGCCGAGAGGAGCAUUUUGAGGAAUACCGGUCGAGACAAUCACGGCCUCAAAUUGGAACAACUGCGUAGCCGUGCGUAUUGAAGUGAUGACGCCUCUGCCUCCCUCCCUGCACUCGUGACUCCACGUUAAAUGCUCUCAUCAGAGUAAUCGAUCUGCAUAUAUGGCAUACGUAUAUCAGUAUGCGAAGGCAGACCGACCGCGGACCCCCUUAGACGCUGCAUACCUGGGCCCGUUCCAUCCAAGUGAGCUGGCAGCAAAUCACAAUAGACUUCAGCCCGGCCGUGUUCACAGGUCUCCUCUUUUCGCCACUGCUCUAUCUCCGCAAAAGCUUCCUCCUUUCGCCCCGUUGCGCUCUCAAAGCCUCGCAGUCCGCUGCACAUUCAUCGUCCAGUGUCAUAUACAGACCCAAGAGUCGGCCUCAA